AUGCCUGCUUCUCUGCCUCCUGUUCCGUCCGAUGCUGAGAGCGAUACUAGCUCAGGCCUGCCCGAGACCUUCUCGGACAACGCGUCCGACUCUGAUUCCUCCACCGCACCUAGCGUCUUCGACGAUAGCAGCGAAUCUGAGUCCGAGUCUGACGAUGAAUCUGAUGACGAGUCUGACGAUGAAGUGGCACUGGAAGAUGAAGAGGAGCAGCUUUCACCAGAAUACUACCUCCAGGAGGCCGAGGCUCUUGAUGUCUCCCAGCUCCGACAGAAACGCUAUAGCCCGAAAACUCAGGAGAGGUUGGAUGAGACGUCAUUGCGGCAUCCCCGCGUACAGGAAUUGGGCGCAAAGCGCGAUCCAGUGAAAUGCCUGUCCUGGAUCUCCGAUACCGAGGAGACGGUCCGCUUUCUCAAGGCUCUCUUUUCCUGGCGAUGUGACCAACGAAGAGGAAAGGACGGACGUCGCACCCCGGGACUGAAAACCAAAAGCUCACUCAACGCAUUCUGGAAGUGGUGGCAUCUGAUCUACAAGGCCGAGGUUGGACAUGGCCUCGGCAAAGAUAUUCAAGUUAAGAUCCAUGAUGUGCUCGCGAUAGUUGCGACUGAUAAGAAACUUUCCCUCAAAAAACGCCCGAAAGCAACUAUGUUUGUGGAGGAUGUAGCUGAGUUUGCCCGAGUGAUCUUGUCCACGACAGAGAUGACUUUUCCUUGUGGCUGGUAUCGAAUACAACUCCUCCUUUUCUGCCAGCUGGCCGCUAUCACCGGCAACCGUCCGGGGGCGCUACUGAAACUCCGCUUCCAGGAUCUCAAAUUGACAUUGAUUCGGGAUCCUAGCGGAGGACGUCCUCGACUGUUUAUCUACCUGAGACCGGAAUUCACAAAAUCAUUUCUUGGUGCGAAAGAAUCAGAGGCGUUUCCAAUUCCGGAAAUUAUCUUUGAUCCUACGUUGGUCCUUAGUCCUCAUGUCUUUCUGCUGGGCAUUCUGUUUAGAAUUGGCGCAUUCAAAAGUCUGUCCAACGAUAGCCCUGUGCUGGACUGCCCGGAGAAAUUGUACCGUCUUCGGGUCCUACAUGGUCUCGGUGAACAGGAAUUAAAACUGAAAGACGAAAUCAUGGAUCAGCAUGUGUUUUGCCAGGCUUUGCGGGAAGCGGAUGGGAUCCGAUUCGCACCAGAAAUUCCACUUACCCGGGGAUGGCUGGGCUAUAGAAUGAAAAGAGGUGGUGAGAUUACUGGCUUUGCGGAUGUGACGAAGCCAUACGGCCUCCGAUACGGCGCUGCAAAAGCGUUUAACGAUAGUCCGGAUGUAUCGAAUGAACUGCAGAACGUCAUGCUGCAGCACGCAAGCAUUGAUACUUUUGUUCGGCACUACAGUGUGGGUAUUCACGUGGACGCCCAGGCAAUCGUACGAGGCCUUCCCGCUGAGAAGCAGCUUAUGCGAUUUGCCUGUUCGAUGAGUCGGUCCAUUGAUCCUCGGAGACCCUACCGGCUAGAGGAUACGAGCUGUAUUAAUGGUAUUCCCCGUGUGCGCACUUUGGAAGAGAGGAAGCAGAUGCGAAUGCAGACUCGAGAUGCGAAGAAGCGCACCUACGAAAAUGCUCAGGGCGCAUUGCAACGGGAUUUCGGCGAUCACCCACCAAAGAAGGGUUCAAAAGGUGUGGAGAAGUUACGCAAGAAAUACCAGCGCGCGGAAGAUUUGUACAAUCACGCAGUGAAGCUGUUAAGAAAUGAGAAGAGGCGGCAAAAGCACCGCUUAAUCCGUGAAAAUUUGGAGCGGUACAAAAAUGAGCAGCCAGUGAUCGACAGCGAGCGUCAACUUUCCGGGAAGGUUGUUGACGAAGACGUUAUGGGUGCGUUGCAGCGUACUGGUUAUAUGACUCUGCAACAUAUGACGCUUAUCGACAGUAUCCUGACUAUGCCGGGUACGACAAUCGAGAAAGAAUACGAACGCCGAAUUGCCACAAUCAAUGCAGUGAUUGCAGUCUGUGAUGCGGAAGAGGGUGCUCCCUCGCGCCCUGGCGCGCCGCGAAAACGCUCUGUCGAUGCUAUUGAUACACUGCCUGCUUCUUCUCUGCCUAAGAGACAAAAGUCUACCCCUUCAGAUGAGAACGGUGACGAUAGGUUUUCUCAGGCCAUCGCCUCUGUUUGCGUCAAAUAUCGAGAAGAAAGACCAACGAUAUGCUUUAUUUGUCUUGGUAACGCUGGACUGCCAGAAAGCGAACGCCUGAGAAUGUACAAGAACCCUGGGUCUCUCAGCCGACACUUCGUUGACAUACAUAUCAAGCCGUUCCCAAAUGACAUGCACUGUGAGUGCAACAUUUGCGGGGAAAAGCUGAUGUCAAAAUCGGGCCUACUGAACCAUGCGGAAAGUGUGCAUGGAACUGUCUCCCGCUUACCUUUACCAGUUCUUGGCCUACCCCUCCCAUAA